AUGUCUGAAUCGGAAGAAGCUAGGAUGACACCACUACCGCCGCCGCCGCCGCCGCCGCCGCGGCGAACGGAAGCGCCGCCCCAACAGCGCGGCCCCGACGUCGACGUCGCCUAUCGCAUUUGGCCUCCGACGCGGCAGACGCGCGAAGCGAUCAUCUCGCGCCUCGUGGGCACGCUGUCCUCUCCCUCGGCGCUCUCCACUCGCUACGGCGCCUUGCCCGUCGACGAGGCGACGUCCGUCGCCCGCACCAUCGAGCAGGAAGCGUUCGCCUCCGCCGGUGCCGCCGCCUCCGCCGACGACGACGGCGCGGACGUCCUCCAGGCGUACGCCGCGGCGAUCGGCAGGCGCAUGCUGGACUCCGUCCAGCCCCGCACGCGCAUCGCAUCCGCGCCGCCCGCGAUCGUGGCUCCUUCCCGCUGA